UAAAAACAUCUUGUUCUGUUCUGAGGACAGUGUUAGAGACAGUUGGACAGGACUUUCUGAGGAGCUGGGCUCUGAGACGGACGGAGAAAGGCUGGUCUGGUCACAGAAACCACAAACUAACACCACCCUGAAACCACAGCUGCUUAAACAGGAGAGAUGUUUUUACAGAGUGGAGAAGGGAUGUAUUUAAGGCGAAGACAGGGACACGUCCCUUCAUUCUGGUGUUUCACUUUGAUCAGGAACAAAACAGUUUAUAUUCCAGGUCCAGCUGGAGGUUCUGGUUCAGUAGAGGAUGAAGGAUUUGCUCUGAGGUUGUUGGUAGAUAAAUCAAACUUCCGUGGACUGAAGCAGAAUGGAUCCUGUCGGGAGUCCAGCAUCCCAGCGAAAAGAGAUGAAGAUACUUGGUAUGAAAGGGAAGAAGAAGAAGAAGAAAGAUGCAGACCUGGUCUUGGCAAACAAGGGAGCUGUGGAGGCUGAGGUGGAAGUGUCUCCUGAAGUGCCUCUUCUGCCAGAAGAAGUAAACGUUGAGGAUCUGCCUGAAGUCAGAACCAGAAUAAUACAAAACAGUAAGAGGGCUAAACUGAAAACUCACAUUCAGGACAGUGAAGGGAAACCACAGAGUUUCCAGAUUGCCAUUAACAUCACAGAAGCCAGACAGCUUGUGGGGGAAAACAUCGAUCCCAGCGUGGUGAUCGAGAUCGGUGAUGAGAAGAAACAGACAUCAGUCAAAGAGGGAACCAAUGCUCCUUUUUACAAUGAGUAUUUUGUGUUUGAUUUCUUCGCCCACAAAGAAAUCUUCUUCGACAAAGUCAUCAAGCUGACGGUGGUUCACUCAAAGAUGCUGAGGACUUUCUCUGUGGGAUCCUUUAAGCUGGAUGUGUGGACAGUCUACAAACAGCCAGGCCACCAGUUCAUUAAUAAGUGGGCCAUGUUGACCAAUCCUGGAGACAUCACGACUGGAGUCAAAGGUUAUGUGAAGUGUGACAUCAGUGUCUCAGCGAAGGGGGACGCCAUGAAGCCGGGACAGAAAGCCAGCGAUGCUGAAGAGCAGAUCGACAAGAACCUCCUGAUUCCAGAGGGGUUUCCCGCUGAGCGACCGUGGGCUCGUUUCUGUGUGAAGGUGUACCAAGCUGAGGGCCUCCCCAGGAACAACUCCAGCAUCAUGGCCAACGUCACCAAGGCCUUCAUAGGAGACAACACUGCUCUCAUUGACCCGUAUGUUGUGGUCAGUUUCUUCAAACAAGUGGGCCGCACGUCCACCCAGAAGUCCACAGCAGACCCAGUGUGGAACGAGCAGAUCGUCUUCAUUGAGAUGUUUCCUCCUUUGUGCCAGAGACUCAAGAUCCAGGUCUGGGACGAAGGAAGCAUGAAUGAUGUUGCCAUAGGAACCCAUUACUUUGACCUGAGACGUAUCUCCAAUGAGCAGGAUGGUGACAAAGGGUUUUUACCAACAUUCGGUCCAGCUUGGAUCAACCUGUACGGCUCAGCCCGAAACUUCUCUCUGGGCGAUGAUGGGGGAGAACUUAAUGAGGGCAUCGGCGAGGGGGUGUCCUUCAGGGGUCGAGUCUACCUGGAGCUGGCAGUGGAGAUCCUGUCAGGUGGGACGGGCUCCGAGUCCAAACUCAGCCGAAUGGUCAAACCUGUGAAAGACGCUAAAGCAGGCAAAGCUUUAGGAGGGAAGGAUGGGAAGACAUCUGCAGGAGGAGGAGGAGGAGGAGGAGGAGGAGGGGCGGCGACUGAGGAAGACAAAGGCAAAGCUGCAGCAGCAGAAGUCCUGCCGGUGGAAUCGCCUCCUUCGCAGACUGCAGACGACAGCCAGAGCUUCCUGUUGUUCGGAGCAUUGUUUGAAGCCACUGUGAUUGACAGGAAGAUCGGUGACAAGCCGAUCAGCUUUGAGUUCUCCCUCGGGAACUAUGGCAACGUCUUGGAGUCUGCAGUCCAGCCCAGCGUCUCUACUUCUGUCGUCGCUCGGAGGAGAAGAGCACUGGAGGUCCCAGAAAGCACAGACGCAUUUAGCACCUCCCCGCUCAGCUCCUCCUCCACCAGCCCGGCCUCCCCCCUUUUACCCAGGGAGGCAGUGGACACCAGCGUCGGCUCUAAGUCCACCACACCUCCAGAGAAGCCGGUCAUUGUUGAAGGAAACAGGCACUACAUGUAUUUGCCUCUGGAGAAGCAGAAACCGUGUGUCAGCGUGCUGAGUUACUGGGAGGACAGAACCUACAGACUGUCCACCUCAAACAUGCUGGAGAACAUGGCCAUGCUGUUCGAGGACGGUGUGUCCAGCGCGGCCGAGCUUCACAGGAAGUCAGACCUGGCGGCCGAGCGCACGCUCAGAGCCGUUCUCAGAGAUUUCUGUUUGGAUGCCAGGAGUUUCAUUGCAGCUGCAGAAGCUAAGCUGAAGGCUGAGCUGAAGUCCAGCUACCCAACACAGCUGGACAAGAAACGACUGACCAUGUGCAAACAGGAGCUGGUGAGCAUGGUUGGAGAGGCUCAGUCCAUGGGAGAGAGGAAGAGAAAAGCUGGAGGAGUGAAAGAAAUGCUGCAGGAUGCAACAAAACUCGCACAAAAACUGUGUUUUCUUGUGGAGGAGCCCCAGCACACGGUUCCAGAUAUGUUUGUGUGGUUGCUAAGCAACAACAAGCGUGUUGCAUAUGCGCGUGUUAGAACCAGAGACUUGCUGUUCUCCAGCAACCAGGAGGCCCGAGGAAGCCUCUGUGGGAAGAUAACAACACUGUUUCUGAAGCCUCCUGGGAAGCGCGUCGCAGGCUUUUCAGUUCAAGCCAAGCUGGAUGUGUUUCUGUGGUUCGGAGCUUGUUCAGAUUCCUGCCACAUGCUGGAUGACCUGCCUGAGGGAUUCUGUCCAGCCACAGGGGGCGCUGAUGCCAGCUGCCCCCCCGCAUACCUGCUCUGCACAGACCAGCAUCAGUUCCAGCUGAGGUGCCACAUGUAUCAGGCCCGUGGUCUGAUUGCUGCUGAUAACACAGGCUUGUCGGAUCCUUUCGCCCGAGUCACGUUCCUCUCACACAGCCAGACCACCAAUAUCAUCAGUCAGACUCUCAGUCCUACAUGGAACCAAUGUUUGCUAAUGAAGCGCCUGCUGCUCAGCGGAGACCUGCAGUACAUCCAGAAAGAGCCGCCACGAGUCGUCGUGGAGGUGUAUGAUGAUGACGCUUUGGGAAAGGCUGAGUACCUGGGAGCCACCGUGGUGGUCCCUGAGGUCCGGCUGUCAUUUGAAGCCUACACUCCUCCCACCCUGCAGUACAGCCCUCUGCACUGCGGCAGCCAGUCAGGAGGAGACCUGCUGGCUGCAUUCGAACUGCUGCAGAUCCCAAAGUCUGACCAGCAGAGUCUGCCGGACUUGGAGGAACAGGAAGGAGGCCUUCUCACAGUUCCGACCAACAUCAGACCUGUUCUCAGCACCUACAGGCUGGAGGUGUUGUUCUGGGGUCUGAGGGAGCUGAAGAAGGUCCAGCUUCUGUCUGUUGAUCGGCCACAGGUGUUCAUAGAGUGUGCAGGUAAAACUUUGCGCUCCUCUGUCAUUCAGAAGUACAAGUCCAACCCAAACUUCACCACGCUGGUUGAUGCCAUAGAGCUAGAGCUUCCAGAAAAAGAACACCUCCAUCCUCCUCUCAGUAUCACUGUUGUUGACUGGAGAGCUUUUGGUCGCAGCACCUUGGUUGGAAACCACAUUAUCAACAACCUGAAAGCUUUCAAAUACACUCCACCUCCAGCUCCACCUGCUGCCAUACAGAUACACAAACCACCGCCGGCAUUAUACUCUACCGGACCUGAGCCGACCCCAGGACCACACAGCGCUGAGGCAGGGCUGCCGCCGGACCCUGGAGAGACCGGAUCAACUAUGACGCUAACUAACCAGGAUUUCCUCAUCACAGUAGAGGAUGAAGCUCCGCCUCCAGCUCCGCCCACACCGCUGCAGGAGCCUAGGAUGAAGAAGGACAGCAGCAAAUCGCGCAUCCAUCGUUCCACCAAGAGGCGGAGGCGGACUAUCGCUGACGAAUCAGCCGAGAGCGUCAUCGACUGGUGGUCCAAGUACUACGCAUCUGUAGAGAAGCAGACCAAACAGAAGGACAGAUCUCCGUUCCCGCAUGUCUUUGAGAAAGCUUCACCGUACCACAGCCUGCUCAGCGAUGGAAUAGAGUCUUUGGUCAGCAGCCCAUCGGAUGGAGACAAGAAGAAGAAGCAGAAAGGAAAGGGAACAUUAGAGCAGAGCGGUGCUUUGAGAACAAAGUUAGCCACACUCAAGCUGUACGACAAAGAGCUGGAGGCCGAGUUCGGGCCGUUCGAUGACUGGGUGAACACUUACGAGCUGUUCAGAGGAAAAGCCAACGAGGAGGAUGGAGCUUCUGAAGAGAGGUUUGUCGGGAAGUUUAAGGGACGAUUCUGCCUCUACAAGCUGACUGAUGAUGAUGCUGAGGACUGGGACCAAGUCACUGACAUGAGCCUCUUCAGAGUCAGCAGAGGGAUCCCUGCCAACGGCCCGGUUCAAGUCCUCAUACGGGUUUAUAUCGUCUCUGCGUCUAACCUACACCCAGCUGAUCCGGAUGGGAAGGCCGACCCCUACAUCGUUCUUCGUCUUGGCAAAAAUGAGAUCAAAGACAGAGACAACUACAUUCCCAAACAGCUGAACCCUGUUUUUGGAAGGUCUUUUGAGAUGCAGGCCACAUUUCCUCAGGAGUCUCUGCUCACGGUGCUCAUCUACGACUUUGACCUGGUGGGAGGGGAUGACCUGAUCGGAGAGACUCGUAUCGACUUGGAAAACCGGUUCUACAGCCGACACAGAGCCACCUGUGGACUCCCCACCGAGUACAGCUUGGAGGGUUACAACGCCUGGAGAGACUGCCUGAAGCCGUGUGAGCUGCUGUCAAAGAUGUGCAAAGAAAACGGUGUGGAUGGUCCUCACUUCAGUCCCGGACGCAUCAUCGUGGGGGACAAAGUCUUCACCGGGAAGACGCUCUACAUGCACGAAGACCAGCCGGUGGAGUCCUACGAGCACUUGUCUCUGAAGGUCCUGCACCGCUGGGCCGAGAUCCCAGGUGUGGGCUGCAGACUGGUACCAGAACACAUUGAGACCAGAAGUCUGUUCACCAAGGCUCGGCCAGGAAUAGACCAGGGUCAGGUCCAGAUGUGGGUCGACAUGUUCCCCAUGGAUUUACCACAUCCUGGACCCUCAGUGGACAUUUCACCUCGAAAACCAAAAGGGUACGAGCUCCGUAUCAUCAUCUGGAACACAGAGGACGUCAUUCUGGAGGACACCAACUUCCUGACGGGUCAACAGUCCAGUGACAUCUAUGUUAAAGGUUGGCUGAAAGGGUUAGAAGAUGACCGACAGGAGACGGACGUCCACUACAACUCCCUGACUGGAGAAGGGAACUUCAACUGGCGCUUCGUGUUCCCCUUCAGCUAUCUUCCUGCUGAGAAGGUUAUAGUGGUGAAGAAGAGAGAGAAUAUCUUCUCCCUGGAUAAGACGGAGCAGAAGCUUCCCGCCAUCCUCAUCCUGCAGGUCUGGGACUUUGAGACGCUCUCCUCAGAUGACUUUCUAGGAACGUUAGAGUUGGACCUCCAUGGAUUCCCCCGUGGAGCCAAAACAGCCAAGUCCUGUAAGGUGGACAUGAUAACCGAAAGUUUGGACAGAAUCUCUAUCUUCCAGCAGAAGAGAGCACGAGGCUGGUGGCCUUUCAGCAAAUCUGGAGAGCUAACGGGCAAAGUGGAAGCAGAGUUCCAUCUAGUUUCAGCCGAAGAAACUGAGAAGAAUCCGGUUGGCCGAGCCCGGAAGGAGCCGGAACCGCUGCCUAAACCAAACCGUCCCGACACGUCUUUCUCCUGGUUCGUGAAUCCAUUCAAGUGUUUCUUCCACCUGGUUUGGCGAAGCUAUAAGAAGUACAUCAUCAUCGCCCUCCUCCUGCUCAUCACCGCGCUCUUCCUCGCCCUGCUCUUCUACACUCUGCCAGGAGCCAUCUCCCAGAAGAUUGUUAGCGGAAAACGCUAACACUCUUCUCCAGUUCUCUUUUUAAGGCCCUGCACUGGGGACAGUACAGGGCCAACAGGAUGAAGAGGAGGGAUGAUGGCAGUAAAAUCGAUGAUUUAGUUACUUUAUGGGAAAAUUUGUGCUCAAUUCACCUCCUUUUUAUUUAAUUUGUGUGCCAAUAUGUUAGAAAUGGAUUAAACACUAGAAGGAUAUGUUAAUGUCAUGUUUGUUUGGAAUAUUAGAUAAACGUCUGCUCCAUGUGCAGCAUUCACAUGCAAACGCUCCAACAUCCAAAGCACAACUAGACUGAACUCCUGGUGAAUGUCGCUGUGGUUUCAGACGUCAGAGCCCUCGCAGUGCGGCGUCAAGCAUCGUGCAUCCUGCCGUGCUUCAUCCCAAACAGUUCGUUAGCAGACCGAAAGGCGACACUGAAAUCUGGGAUCUUGAAUAAUCACACACCAUCCUGAAAAGAGUUUUGUGAGAAUAAAAAUGGGUUUUUCGCUGCAUUUAUUAUAAUUAAACAGAAUAUCAGCGUUG